CCUCUUCUCUUCUGUCCUCUUCUCUCGAGCUAGUUCUAGGCCUCAUUGCCACUAUUGAUUAGCCUCUCCCAAUAAUGCUCAAGGCUCCCUUGCUGCUCUUGAUAAGCCUCCUCCUCCACCAGUAGGCGGUCCUUCCGAUCCCCGAAGACCGUCCUCUCGUGCCCAUAGAUACCACCAGGAACUAUUGGAGAUCCCCGCUUGACGUCAAGUUGAUCUCCGGCCCACCUUCGGUCUGUUGAGGUUACAUAUAUUAAUUGCCCCCUCCACUCGGGCCAUCCUCGCUCUCCUCGUCUCGAUCGAGGUUCGCCAUGAGCGCGCAAUGUCCAGCAUAACGUCACUUUGGUGGCCAGAAGACAGAGUCAAGGCCACGAUCUGUCCCGAGUAUGUCGUCAGUCAGCUUCAACCUGCCAGUUUACCUCGUCUUGUCUCCCCGCUUCCUUGGGGUGAGGGCUUGACCAGCGAGACCUAUCUCGAUUGGAUUAUCGCCAAAGCCGGUCGACUCUUUCUCAUUCUUGUCGAUAUCGGUAUUCCGGAACGUAUCUUCGCCUUGGUCGAUGAGUCAUUUGAUGAUGUCGACCUUCCUAUUGCCUCCCAUAGUAUCGAUCGGCUGAAUCUCUCGCCUGACGGAGAGAAUGUCGCUCUUGACAUCAAGUUUUUCCAUGCUCAAUGGCGGUUUCUCGUGCGUGGAAUUGGAGAGGGUGAGCAUGUCAAAUACACGGAGAAUGAAGGUGUCCCUGUGGAGUUACAGCGCAGCGAAACGUCUCUAGCUAAGGAGGGAGUGGAAAAGGUCAUCCUGGCCGGUGCAGUCUGUAAAUUGUACCUACGUACACGAGUGACCAUUGGCGGUGCACCGCAUUUCUUUGAAGAAGAUGAGGUGCUGGAGGAGGUUCGCUCUUUGAGAAGACUUUCCCACGAGCAUGUUUUUUCCAUCUACGGUUCCUAUUUUGUCGACAACACCAUCUGCAUUCUCUUCUCGGGCAUGUACGAGCGUACCCUCAUGUCUUUCCUCUCCGAUGUACCGCAACAUUUCAAACGCCUACCUAAACCUGAACGUCGACAAAUAUUGAUCAACUGGCCGCACUGUUUGGCAAGUGGCUUGUCAUGGCUGCAUGCGCAUGGCCAGGCCCAUGGUGCUAUUCGCCCAUCCAACAUCUUCGUCGACUCGGAAUACAGGAUCUUCCUGGGUCAGUACGAGGCUCUUGAUACACUGCUACCUCCCGUCAAGGUAGACGACGUCCAGGCAUACCAGUACGGUGCUCCCGAACGCUGGGUUCGCUCUGCUGCCGUCCAAGAUACUGGCUCUAACCGAUCCCUACUUCCAUCGGGAGGACGCACUGGUCGCAAACAGCCAUCGCGCCCAGGAAAACUGAACCUGGUCGGUCUGAAAUACUUUCAAAAAUCAGAUUCUUCUGCAGAUGGCGCGGCAUCCGACUCGGUCGCCUCUCAUGGUACUGCCAUUCGAAUCGGAUUUCCCGACUCUCCUUCUCGGUUUUCUUUUGCGCUCUCCUCGUCAUCCUCGGGAUCUAGCGAUGGAAGCGCUCGCAAGCGUGGUGUGUCCUCUCUGAGGAGACCUAUCUUCUACACCCCAUCUAUUUCAUCAUCGAAUUCAUCGGGUUCGUCUUCGUCUCGCCCUGUUUCUACUGUUUACAACCCGGUUGGACUACCGAGCGCAAAUCAACAUGCAGCAGUCGUUCACACCUGGCAGUCGCAUCAGACUAACCCUGAAAUGUCAGACAUGUUCUCUCUCGGUGCAGUCAUGCUGGACAUUUUCACACAUCUGUGCAAGCGCAAGCUGUCCACAUUUGUCCACCAUCGCGGGGCCAAGAACCGAACAGCCGGUCGUGGAGGCGGGGUGGCCGAUUCCUCUUUCCAUCUGGACCGGAAUAUGGGCCAAGUGAGUUCGUGGAUCACGCUUCUGGAUCAUGAUGCAAAGAAGCGCAAGGAUUCUACGUUUAACGCGGUCAGGUCGAUGUUGGCCAUGGUACGAACCAUGCUGGACAAAGACCCUGUGAGCCGUCCGUCAGCGGUACAAGUCGAGCAAUACUUUUCCCACACCAUCCAGAAACUAGAGGGUAUAGUCAACCUGCAUUGCAAAUCGAAAAUACCCAUCCGAGCAAAAUCAAGAAGCCCGCUGCGCGAGACUCGCAAUAGAGAAACCGGAGACGAUCACAGGCCUAAGCCCAGGUUGUCCAACCUCACGAUCCCGACAUCCUCAACUAGCAGUCCAUUUACGACACCACUCCCUUCUCCUUCGAUAAUUGAACCAGGGGGAAUAUUGCAUCUACCUGGUAUUCAACCAUCUCCGGCCGCGUCAGUUUCCAAUUUCGAUUUGCCGGCUUGGUCUGAUAGUGAUGACGAGGACGACGAGGAAUACAGAAAGGCGCAUGAGAAUGCCCCUUGGCAUGAUCCAGGCCAUUUACUGAGCCCGAUGACUUCAAAUGAUUCAGCACUGGGAUAUGGCGUUGCUGUUUCUCCUUAACUGGAUACGCCACCGUCAGUCAAGAUCCUGAUUUGGACUGACUACAGUCAAAUUACUCAUUGACCUACUUCACAUCACGACACUAUACCCUACCUACUCAGUACAUUUCGACCAAUUACUUUUCCUUGUUACAUUACUCUACAUCAUAUCCAUUAUCAGAUCAGCAUCGGUGGUCACCUGUUUCUUUGUCACACUAUACACUCACUCUUUUCUUUUCUUUCUUUCUUUACAUGUAUUCUGCCUUUCUUUAUACUUUUCUUCUUACUUUGUCCAUUUACCUUUUAGCUCACGAUGAAAGAUAUGUUUUAUGUAUGUCAUGGGUUGGUUUAGCGGGCAUAUUUGGGUAUCUACACAUACUUAUUAAUUUAUUCAACUUUCUUCUACAAUUGUGCCUUAUUUGCUUAAAAUAACAGGUAUUUGAAAUAGAGUAUAUCUUGAAAUAAACCAAGUGAAUGAAGC